UUCCCAGGCACAAGACGCCUCCAUUCCCAGGUUUGUCCAAGGCCCCCCCCCUCACUCCGGCCUUCUCGGACUCGCCUUGGGAAGAAAUGAAUAUACCGGGAAGUGCCACCGGUCCGCACUCGGCCCACCCGGCCUGGUUGUCCCUGUACUUCUUGGUCCUGGGCCUGGUGACCUUGGCAACGGGCAGCUGCGUCUUCAUCCUCCACUGGAGGAAGAAACUCCGGCGAGAGGCCAGGGCCCGGGCCUGGGCGGCGACCAUGCGGGCGGGCACCGUCUCCUACAGCCCGCUCGUGUACUGGAUCAACAAGAGGCAGGGCUACGGGCUGGACGCCAGGCUCGGCCGGGCCCGCGCCCCUCAGGAGGGGAAGGGCCCGGCCUCCCGCCCCAGCGCUCCCCACCUGUUCACACCCGUCUUCGAGGAGAUCCCGUCCGCCCCGUCGCUCUGCACCCUCCCUUCCGUGGUGGACCACUCCGUGUCCUUCCCCAUGGGCGCCGUCGGCCCCGACAAAGACCCCUGCUUCCACUCGCUCCCCAACCUGGCUAGGGGGGACUGGUGUCCGCCCCCGUGAAGCCGAUGGGGACGUGGGCUUUGGGGGGCCGCGCUGGAGUUUCCUCCCCCAGCCUCCGGCCUGACCAAUAAAGCCUCCAUCUCAGUCCUCUUCUCUCCAUCUCUGGCUG